AUGUCGGCUCCAGCGGCUUCUGUUGUGGACAGUGACAACAACAACACUUCCACCGACGACAAGUCACACCUAGAACAACCAAGCGACGCCGUACCAAUGCAGAGCAUCGCCCAGCCCUCCCAAGGAGGCUCAGGCCCCUCCAAGGAUGAGCCAGAAUCCAGCAAGAAGGCUGCCACCGAAACCGUCGCAGCCGCUUCCGCCGACGCUUCAACAGCAGCCGCCCCAGCCCAGCCCGAAAAAGUCGACCAGAAACCAGCGGCGAUUACGACGACGACAGCAGCAGCAGCAGCGGGAAAGGACGUAGACCCUUCUCCCCUAUCACCCAUGGCGAUCGGUCCCGCCCAAGACGAGAUCACCACCGUUGCGAGCGGCGGGCCGGAUUCCGGUCCUGUAUGCAAUAUCACGCUGUUGCUCACCACGGGUAGCCGCCACCCGUACAAGAUCGACGCUCGGUAUUUGAACCGAAGAAACGUCCCCAUCCCCGAGGAGAAUGAGAACUCCCAGCCGGACCCGUUCAGCAUUAGUGUUUACACUCUGAAAGAGUUGAUAUUGAGGGAAUGGAGAAGUGAUUGGGAGUCGAAGCCUGCAAGCCCAAGCAGCAUCAGGCUUAUUCAUUUCGGCAAACUUCUAGACGACAAGGAGCCUUUGAAGACAUACCACUUCAGCCUGGAGAAUCCUAAUGUGGUUCAUAUGAGCAUCCGACCUCAGGAUCUAGACGAGGAAGAGCCGAAGGCAGGUGGUAAGAACCCAUCUGCAGGAAACGGCGACGGUCAACGCCAGCGUUCAGGAGGAUGUUGCGUUGUUUUAUAG